AUGUAUCCAAGAAAGAAGAGCCAUGUUUGGCUAAGGACAUUUGAUAUUGUGGAGAAGGCGGCAGAUGCUUACGAUUUCGUCGUACGAGAGUUCCGUGACAAUAAGGCAAAGACAAACUUUCAUACCCCUACUAAAUUGUCACUACCGACGGUCACCAUCGGUGGGAAGAAGGUUGUGACUAAAAUCCCUAGCGGUGGAGCAAUAUCGUUGAGUCAGCUAACUACAUCCUUUCGAUCACCACCACUCCACUUCCACCUUCGGCUAUUGAUCUUAGCAUGUUUCACUAACAUGUCUAUUUCCCAGUGGCUUAUUCAUUGUUCCUUUACCAUUCAUAAGUUGUCUAAUGAUGAUGGUGGCGGCGAUGGUAACAUACUGACAUCGACUACUUGUACCAUUCACAUUGCUUGUUGUAUUGUUACCUAG